AUCCGUUUCGGGCUGGGCGGCAGGGGUUGUGAUCCGCGUGGCGCCUCACGGAAGGUGACAUCUAAAAUUUCCAGUAGAAUACGGCUACAAGAAAAGUAAUGGCGAACAGGCCUCUUAUGGUUGGAAUCAUUGGUGGCACUGGAUUUACAAAUCCAGAAGUGCUUGGUGUUCAGGAUCCAAAGGAUGUUGAGCUUGAAACACCUUUUGGGAAACCUUCCAGCCCUCUGCUCACUGGAACCUUGUCAGGUGUGAGGGUGGCUGUGCUAGCCAGGCAUGGCCGCCAGCACACCAUAAUGCCCAGCCAUGUCAACUACCGCGCUAACAUAUGGGCACUGCACCAGCUGGGCUGCACGCACCUGGUCGUGUCGACCGCGUGUGGCUCGUUGCGCGAGGAGAUCCGGCCCGGCCAGCUCCUGCUGCUCGACCAGUUCAUCGACCGGACCACCAAGCGGCCGCUGACGUUCUUUGACGGCACGUGCGCCAGUUUCGCCGGCAUCUGCCAUCUGCCGAUGGGCGAGCCCUUCUGUGGCCGAACCCGGGCCGUGGUGCAGGCGGCGGCUGACGAGCUGGGCAUCACCCUCCACCCCAGCGGCACCACGGUUUGCAUCGAGGGCCCGAGGUUCUCGACCAAGGCCGAGAGUAACCUGUUCCGGAGCUGGGGCUGCGACGUUGUCAACAUGACCACCGUGCCCGAGGUGACCCUGGCCAAGGAGGCGGGGCUGUGCUACGCGGCCAUCGCCAUGCCCACCGACUACGACUGCUGGCGCCCGGACCAGGCGGGCGUGGGCGUGGCGGACGUGAUGGCCGUGUUCCGUGCCAACGUCGACUCGGUGGUGCGGCUGCUGCGCGAGCUCGUGCCCCGGCUGGCGCUCACCGACUGGGACGAGCAGCUGCGCCAGAACAGGGACACAGUGGCCGACAACACCAUGCUGCCGGACCACUAGAGCGCGGCGGCGGGCGGUUCGGGCCGGCGGCG